ACCAUUUUCAUCCUAAAGGUAGGUGUGGACUGCAGAGGCCUUCAAGUAGCCUAAAACGUAGCGCAGGAGAAGCCCGUGAUUGUAAUACUUGAUAAUAUUGGGCAUCCAUGUGUGGUCAAUCUUUUUAAUCUUAUGCUAUAAAAAUCUUUUAAGAUAUAUCGUUAACAUAUAUUUGUUUUUAAAAAAUAUUUUCUUGAUAUUAUAUUAUAAUUUGUUUUGGUUUUGCAAACGUGUAAUUAUAGAAAUAAAUGGUUAAAUUAUCUGGUUCGAGGGCGUGUGCUUAACCGAGUACUGUAAUCACAAUUAAUGAGAGUGACUUUUCUUCAGUCGCCUCUCUCUCGCUCUCUAUAUAUAGAUAGAUAGAUGGCCACAUGCAUGCAUCCGGAUCGGACCAUAGAGCUAGCUUCAAUACACGAAUUAUUACUAGCAUGCAACACCCAGUAGUAGCCAUGCCACAAGUGCUGUGGUUUUUCCUUACGCCCGCCCUAGUGAUUAUUUCUCAUCUGGUGGUGCCACCGCCAGUGGCAGCGGCAGCCACCGUCUCCGGAAUGGCCCCGUCGGCGGUGCCACAACCACGGGCAAGCUGCCCCGACAAGUGCGGCAACGUAGACAUUCCCUACCCAUUUGGCAUCGGCGACGACUGUGCCUGGCCGGCAUUGGGUAACUUCAAUAUCACUUGCAACCAUAGCUUUAGUCCUCCAAGACCAUACUCUGGCGACUUUGAGAUCAUUAACAUCACGGUGGAGGCCGGUGAGAUGCGCGUCUUCAACCCCGUGUCGUACAUCUGCUACAACUCAUCCAACACCGCCGAACCCAACGGAACGGGCUGGUCAUUAGAACUCGCCAGUUCGUUUCUGAUCUCGAAAACGCGCAACAUGUUUACGGCCAUCGGCUGCUACACGGAGGCAUAUCUCGGAGGCAAGACGGCCCACUCGAACUACUUGACCGGCUGCAUCAGCUAUUGCGAGAGCUUGGGCGAUGCGGCUCAAGACAACGACGAGUGCGCGGGGCUCGGCUGCUGCCAGAUGGGCAUCUCGGGCAGCAUUCGCACGAUAGGGGUCGACUGGGGAACCCUCAAUUCCAAUCCUGCGUGGAAGUACAGCCCCUGUAGCUACGCCUUCGUGGCCGAGAAAGGCUGGUACCAUUUCCACCGAGAAGAUCUCAGUCGGGACGGAACCAAGAGCUUUCUCAGCCGGGUUGGAGAGAGAAGAGCUAACCCAUUGGUGCUUGACUGGGCCAUCAGGAACAAUGGCUCUUGCCUCCUCCCGCCGGAGGCAAGCGGAGGUAAACCGACAGCUGCAGCCUGUGUCAGCGAGCACAGCCUGUGCGUCAGCGCUACACAGGGGGAAGGGUAUCUAUGCAAUUGCUCCCAGGGAUACACGGGAAAUCCAUAUGUCAUUGGCGGAUGCACAAAUAUUAACGAGUGCGAGCUGCAAAAAUCAUAUCCUACGUGGUUAUAUCCUUGUUACAGUGGUAGCACAUGCCAUGACACGGAAGGUACCGACAGGCAAAUGCAACGCCCUGAAUAUCGAUCUCGUGAAUUUGCAUUUGCAGCUGUAUUAUGUGCUAUCGUCCUUCUGGUAAUCCUAGCAUAUUUUGGUCCUAAGAAGCUUAAGAGACGGAAGCAGAGGAUGUGUUUCGACAAAAAUGGUGGUCAAAUACUGAAGGGAGCGGAGAUCAACAUCUUCACGCAAGAGCAGCUCGAGAAUAUCACAAACCGCUACACCACACCCAUUGGAGAAGGAAACUUCGGCAAGGUCUUCAUGGGGAAGAUCGAAGGCGACCAACAAGUCACGGUUAAGUGCUCCUCCCCGAAAGGCAAGGAGCUCCCGCGGGAGGAGUUCGUGAAAGAGAUCACCAUCCAGUUCCGGAUCAGGCACGCCAACUUGGCCCGCCUCAUCGGAUGCUGCCUGGAGACGGACGUCCCCAUGCUGGUCUUCGAGUACUUCCCCAAUGGGAGCCUCUACAAACUGCUUCAUGUCACGAGGCAUCAAGUGCUUCCACUGCCGGCACGCCUGAACAUUGCAAUCGGCUCCGCAGAAGCCCUCGCCUACAUGCAUUCUCCUGGUGGCCAGAACCAUGUCCAUGGUGACAUCAAAUCUGACAACAUCCUCAUCGACAACAACCUCAUGCCCAAGGUCUCCGACUUCGGGUCAUCCAAGCUCAUGUCGAUCGACAGGUGCGCUUGGGAAGUGAAAGCGGAUAGGAGCUACAUGGACCCAGUGUACAUGAAGACGGACCGCUUCACGGAGAAGAGCGACGUCUACAGCUUUGGCGUGGUGCUCCUAGAGCUCAUCACAAGGAAGAAGGUCAAAUAUGAUGGGAGCAACAGCCUUCCCAUAGACUUCAUCAAGUCCUGCAAGGAGGAGGGCAAUGGAAGGACAAUGUACGACAGAGACAUCUUGGCUGAAGGCGAUGCUCAAUCUCAAGCUUACAUGGAGUGCCUUGAUAGGAUCGGCAAGCUUGCGGUUCGAUGCCUCAAGGAAGACGUGGAUGAGAGACCGACCAUGGCAGAGGUGGUGGAGGAGCUUAAGCAAGCCAAGUUUGAGGCUUGCGGAGGCCCAUGUUCCGAGGCGAGCUAAAGGCACGACUCACGAGGUAUAUAUAUGAAGCAAGGAAACUGGCAUUUCAGCUUAAGGUAGCUACUUCAUGCAUGGUAGUAGCUAGUCGUCUUCAGCUUUAUCCAGUAUUUAUCCUUCUUUGUCA